CAUUGAUAUCAAAGUAUAGACGGCGCAGAAAUAACGAGCGAAAAGUGGUGUGACAAAACGGCUGCCUGCAGAGUUACCGGUCGAGGACAGCCUAUUCCAGAUUCACUGCUGGCUGAAGACAAUGGAUACAGAAAUUGAGCAGCAGGAAGAAGAAACCACAUUCAGCAACACUGACACUAACGGCAAGCGCCCCGCUGAGGACAUGGAUGAGGAGCAGGCAUUCAAACGCUCUCGCAACACGGAUGAAUUGGUGGAACUCAGGGUCCUUCUCCAGAGCAAAAAUGCGGGGGCUGUGAUUGGAAAGGGGGGCAAGAACAUUAAAGCCUUGCGCACGGAUUACAAUGCCAGUGUAUCAGUCCCAGACAGCAGUGGCCCAGAGCGUAUCCUGAGUGUGAGUGCAGAUAUCGAGACCAUUGGUGAGAUUCUGCUGAAGAUCAUCCCUACUCUGGAGGAGUAUCAACACUACAGUGGGACCGACUUUGACUGUGAGCUGCGUCUGCUGAUUCAUCAGAGUUUGGCUGGAGGCAUUAUUGGAGUCAAAGGUGCCAAGAUCAAGGAACUGAGGGAGAGCACCCAGACAACCAUCAAGCUCUUCCAGGAGUGCUGUCCCCAUUCUACUGACCGUGUGGUGUUAGUCGGGGGUAAACCUGAGCGUGUUGUUGAAUGCAUCAAGGUCAUUCUGGAGCUGAUUGCAGAGGCACCCAUCAAAGGUCGAGCCCAGCCCUAUGACCCAAACUUUUACGAUGAAACCUAUGACUAUGGUGGCUUUACCAUGAUGUAUGAGGAGAGAAGUCGACGGCCUAUGGGAGGGUUCCCGAUCCGAGGCCGGGGAGGGUUUGAUCGCAUGCCUCCAGCACGUGGUGGUCGUCCCAUGCCCUCUUCCAGACGGGACCAUGAUGACAUGAGCCCCCGCCGUGGACCGCCUCCACCCCCGCCAGGGAGAGGAGGACGUGGGGGUAGUAGGGCCCGAAAUCUGCCUCUGCCCCCACCACUACCACCAAGAGGAGGAGGUGAUAGAUUUUCUCACCAGAGCUAUCACAGCAAUAUGGAUGACAGACCAAACAGUGACCGAAGAGGGCGACCUGGGGACCGUUACGAGAGCAUGAGUGGAGGUGGAUAUGACAAUAAUUCUUCUUGGGAGCCUUUCCAGUCUGGUGGUCGAGGUUCUUACAGUGACAUUGGAGGGCCGGUUAUUACAACACAAGUGACCAUCCCCAAAGAUCUGGCCGGCUCCAUCAUUGGGAAAGGCGGGCAGAGGAUCAAACAGAUCCGUCAUGAGUCAGGAGCAUCUAUCAAAAUCGACGAGCCUCUGGAGGGCUCAGAGGACAGGAUCAUUACCAUUACAGGCACACAGGACCAGAUUCAGAACGCCCAGUAUCUACUACAGAACAGUGUGAAGCAGUACUCCGGUCGGUUCUUCUAGAGAGUGGAGAGUGAAGCCAAACUGCCAUACCCAUUCACUUCAACUUUUUUUGAGUCUACAUUCCUCUGCUUCUUGGGUAGAUGUGUCUCUACCAUUUCUCCUAGCCAUUUUUUUUUUUUUUUUUUUUUUUUUAAACGACACAUUUAAGGGAAAUUUUUUCUGCAUAGCAAGUGGAUCCGUUUAUUUCUGUAACAUUUUCUUUCUGUUCUUGAACGCCAUUUUCCCAUUAUUGAUUAUAAUGUUUUGUAAAUCAAGGGAGCCCAUCUGUAAUGUCCGCUGUUGGCCUUACCAGAGCUGCAUGCCUAGUCUGUGCAACAUGCAGAAUGUAAUCUUAUUUGUAAAUUUUUUGUUUUUGUUUUUUUUUUGCCCUUGAUCAUGAGUUUUUGGGGAAAGUGUAAAUAUUCAGUUAAUUCUUUAAAAGUUUUAAUAUCAGUAUCAGUUUUAUUUAAAGGAUGAACAACUAUUUUGAUUUGAAGAAUGGGGGGAUUUGAGGUGGGAAAAUGGAUUAAUUACUGAGGGCUUUUUUUUUUUUUUCUCCACCUGUUUUUCAAAUUCAUACCGACAUUGGGAUCCAUUCAGUCUUGCUGGCGCUUGUUUUGUACGUCUGUUUGUAAGCAUUUUUACCAUUUUAGAUGGAUCUUUCUAGACACCUUUCUCACCACAGAUUGAAGGAAUUUGUGGCUGUCUCAUUAAUGUUUCUCAUAUCUCAUUCUUUCUCGCUCUGUCCCCUCUGGUGUUUGUAGAUUGUGCUGCAAAUCUAAAAAAUAAAGUCUGUGCCACCUUUUACUAAA